AAUGCCACGCGUUGUUUUUAACGAGCCCUUUCUUGUUGGUUAAAGUAGGCUAUUGGGCGAAUCGGACCGGUCCUGCAGGUUUGGUCAGAGCAGGUGAGACAGCGGAGGAAGAAGGGCGGGGAGACGCAGCCGGAGCUCUCUACAAGCAGGAAGCAGAGGACAACAUGGUGCGGUGACAAAACGCCCGGACACCGACUGAAAACAGGAUUCACCGUUUUUAUCUAUCUGCAAAGGACACGAAUACCUGAGGCACAAAGAUGAGUCGGCAACGCGUAGACUCCCAGGGUUCCCUGGGGCCCGACGAUGAGGUCAUGCCGUACAGUGAUGAUGAAACGGAUGACGAAUUGCAAGCCAGCUCUGAAGAGGAACCAGAGGAACCAGAAGAGGUGCCAGGAGUCCCGCAUCCACCAGUGGAUGUUAAACAUGAGAUGGGAUGGAAGGUGAAAGCCAACGACCGACCUUAUCACAACCUGCCAGAGUUUAAGAAAAAAGUAUUCCUCUGCAUCAAGAAGAGCCGAUACUCUGGAAAUGCCAUAAAGACGUACAAGUACAAUGUUCUCACCUUCCUGCCCUUGAACCUGUAUGAGCAGUUUAAGAGAGCUGCCAACCUGUAUUUUCUGGCCCUGCUCAUCCUACAGAUUAUUCCACAAAUUACCACUCUGCCCUGGUACACCACUCUGAUUCCUCUGGUCGUGGUGCUGGGAGUCACUGCUAUCAAAGACCUGGUGGACGAUCUGGCCCGUCACAGGAUGGACAAGGAGGUCAACAACAGGAAGUGCGAGGUCCUGCUUGACGGCAGGUUUCAGGAGUCAAAGUGGAGGAACAUCAAAGUUGGAGAUGUGGUUCGUCUGAAGAAGAAUGACUUCAUUCCGGCGGACAUCCUGCUGUUAUCCAGCUCCAACCCAAACAGCCUGUGCUAUGUAGAAACGGCUGAGCUCGACGGGGAGACCAACCUGAAAUUUAGGAUGGGACUCCGUGUGACUGAUGAGAGACUGCAGGAGGAACGUCAGCUGGCUGAGUUUGAUGCCCUGAUCGAGUGCGAGGAGCCAAACAACCGCCUGGACAAAUUCACAGGGACGAUGCUGUGGCAGACGAAGCGCUACCCUUUGGACCUGGACAACAUGCUGCUCCGAGGCUGCACCAUCAGAAACACAGAGGAGACUCACGGGCUUGUCAUCUUUGCAGGAGCCGACACCAAAAUCAUGAAGAAUGGGGGGAAGACGAGGUUCAAGAGGACCAAAAUUGAUGAGCUGAUGAACUACAUGGUUUACACAAUCUUUGUGCUGCUAAUCCUGGUGGCGGCAGGGCUGGCCAUCGGUCACACCUUCUGGUACGAGUCGAUCGGCUCUAAGGCCUGGUAUCUGUUUGACGGCCUUGACCAGAACUCCACCUACAGAGGCUUCCUCACCUUCUGGGGAUACAUCAUUGUCCUCAACACCAUGGUGCCCAUUUCGCUUUAUGUCAGCGUGGAGGCGAUUCGUCUGGGCCAGAGUAGGUUCAUCAACUGGGAUCUGCAGAUGUAUUUCCCAGAGAAAGACACACCAUCUAAGGCUCGAACCACCACCCUAAACGAGCAGCUGGGUCAGAUCGAGUACAUCUUCUCCGACAAGACGGGAACCCUGACACAGAACAUCAUGCAGUUCAAGAAGUGCAGCAUUGCUGGACGCACCUACGGUGACCCGACCACUGCUGAGGGAGUGGCGCUGGACAGAGGAAAGUCGGUGGAUUGGAGCUGGAACCAGUACGCUGACAGAAAGUUCACGUUCAUGGAUCAUUCCCUGGUUGCCUGCAUCCGAUCCAGGAAGGAUAAAGAUGUUUCAGAGUUCUUCAAACUGCUGUCCCUCUGCCACACCGUCAUGGUGGAGCACAAAGACGGUGAUCUGGUGUACCAGGCAGCGUCUCCCGAUGAGGGUGCUCUGGUGACGGCAGCCAGGAACUUCGGCUAUGUGUUUCUGUCUCGUACGCAGGACACAAUCACCAUCAAGGAGAUGGAGCAGGAGACCACCUACGAAAUGUUGGCGCUGCUCGACUUCAACUCCGACCGCAAGCGCAUGUCUAUCAUCUUGAAGUUUCCUGAUGGUCGCAUUCGUCUCUACUGUAAAGGAGCUGACACAGUCAUCUAUGAGCGACUUUCCCCCAACUCCAGACAUAAAGAAGCCACCCAGGAAGCUCUGGAUAUCUUUGCCAACGCGACCUUGAGGACGCUGUGCUUGUGUUACAAAGACCUCAGCGCAGAAGAGUACAACAACUGGUCCAUGAAACACAAAGAAGCCCAGGUGACCAUGGUCGAUAGAGAGGGUGCCCUCGACCGUGUGUACGAGCAGAUCGAGAGCAACCUGAUGCUGAUUGGGGCAACAGCCAUUGAGGACAAAUUGCAGGAAGGCGUUCCAGAGACCAUCGCCACACUGGCCAAGGCCGACAUCAAGAUCUGGAUCCUGACCGGAGAUAAGAAAGAAACGGCAGAGAACAUCGGAUAUUCUUGUUCACUUUUGACAGACGACAUGCAGAUCCACUAUGGAGAAGACGUCAAUGAGAAGCUGAGGAUUCGUCAGAGCAACAGGAGAAACGAGCCCCCAUCUGUCCGAGGCAGAAGGAAACCUGCCGAGCCUUUCUUCACCGAGCCAGGCAAAAACGCCCUCAUCAUCACUGGAGGAUGGCUGAAUGAGAUUCUGUAUGAAAAGAAGAAGAAGCGUCGUCGUCUGCGUCUACGUCGUCUGGGAAAGCGGCCUCCUCCCAGCAAUCCUCAGGAUGGACAGCCGAUGGACGACAAGGAGAAGGAGAUGAGACAGAUUGACUUUGUGGACAUGGCCUGUGAGUGCGAGGCGGUCAUCUGCUGUCGUGUGACACCCAAGCAGAAGGCCAACGUGGUGAGUUUGGUGAAGAAGUACAAGAAAGCUGUGACUCUGUCCAUCGGAGACGGAGCCAAUGACGUCAACAUGAUCAAGACUGCAGACAUCGGUGUUGGUAUCAGUGGUCAGGAGGGGAUGCAGGCCGUCAUGUCCAGCGACUACGCCUUUGCUCAGUUCCGUUACCUCGAGCGCCUCCUGCUGGUGCACGGACGCUGGUCCUACAUCCGAAUGUGCAAGUUCCUCCGUUACUUCUUCUUCAAGAACUUCGCCUUCACACUGGUCCAUUUCUGGUAUUCCUUCUUCAGCGGAUACUCCGCACAGGUUGCCUAUGAAGACUGGUUCAUCACUCUCUACAAUCUCUGUUACAGUAGCUUACCGGUUCUACUAGUUGGCCUUCUUGACCAGGAUGUUAACGACAAACUGAGCUUGAAAUUCCCCAAGCUCUACGUGCCUGGCCAGCAAGGGGCUUUGUUCAACUACAAGAACUUCUUCAUCAGCUUGUUCCAUGGCAUCUUUGUCUCGCUCACCAUCUUCUUCAUCCCCUAUGGAGCCUUCCUGCAGACCAUGGGGCAGGACGGUGAAGCCCCGUCCGACUACCAGUCCUUUGCUGUCGUCCUUGCCUCAUCACUCGUCUUUACAGUUAACCUACAGAUCUCUCUGGAGACCUCCUACUGGACUUUCGUCAACUGCUUUGCGGUUUUGGGCAGCAUAGCCAUUUACUUUGGCAUCAUGUUUGACCUCCACAGUGCUGGGAUCCAUGUCAUCUUCCCCUCAUAUUUCACCUUCACUGGUGUAGCGUCAAAUGCUCUGCGUCAGCCUUACCUCUGGUUAACCAUCAUCCUGACUGUGGGCAUCAGCCUGCUUCCAGUCAUCUGCGUCCAGUUCCUCCAUAAAACCAUCUGGCCCUCUGUAGGAGACAAGGUUCAGAGAAACAGGAAGAAGUACGAGAUGGAGUUGGAAAAGGAGGAAAGGAAAAGGAAGCCAACUUUCGUUCGGGGCCGGCAGUCCCGCCGCUCCGGCUAUGCCUUCUCUCACUCCCGUGGCUAUGCCGACCUCAUCUCGUCUGGGCAGAGCAUUCGGAGCCGCCCGCCGGCCCGUGGCCGACUCCAAAACGCCAUCAGGGAGGUGCCCCAUGCAGAGGCUGAAAACAUCUGAUGGGGGCUGAGCAGGAGAGCAAAACUGUUGCCAGAGGGACUGUAAAUAUGAAGCACAAGGAGCUGUUUGUUUGUUGACUAUCUGUGGAGUCACUGCUCACAUUAUCAACAUCGGAAUCUCUGCUCAUAACAGCCUGGUCGGAGUUGAAGCGGACCUCUUUCUUUGGGGUGUUGCUUAGAAGAUGAUAAAAGAAAAUGGCUCCUAAAGUUGCUGAAUUUUUAAAAAUGAAAAAGAGGCUUGAGUUAGCACCAGUAGUGUUGUAGUUUGACCCUAAACUCACUGCUUCCCGUUCCUCCUCUAUGCACAAACUCUUCCAAAAGCCAAUGGGGGAGGGGGGCAAUACCGUAGUUUGAGGUCAUGCAGCAACUGUGUGACUGACAAUGUUGUUUAACUCAGGAGUUUUUAAAUAAAAGUCUUAUUUUUAGUCAUUUUGUCAUUUAGCUUAACACUGAAUGCAGAGCUAAAACAUUGUUUAAUAGGAUACUUUGACAUUCACUGUUUUAGCCCAGUGUCUGUGGAGCACUUGAUAUGGGCUUGAAAUGUAAAACACUUAUAUCCCAGUCAAGUUGUUCCGUAGAUACGUGAAAUCAUUUGUUAGUUUUAUUUCCGUCAGUUGAGAUGCAAAUAAAGAGAUUUUUCUUCACUUUAAAACAAUAGUCUAAAGCUAAACAUAUCAAGGUAUCUUCUUUUAAUGUUUUAUUAUAAAUAAUGGUGGGAUAUUAUGCAAGGUGGGUCAGAUGUUAUAAAUUGUCUUAAUUUAAAAAUAAGUUGUAAAUAGUGAUCUUUUCCCCUGUACUGUAUCAAAUAUAUAGCCCCUAGACAGAGAAUUGUGGUUACUAAUUUGAGGGACUUCAACUUUGUUCAACAUUGAAAUCUUUUAAAUACAUACUUCAAACAUGAAACCUAAUAUUUGUUCUAUACCUCACCUUUUGUUCUUUUUUUCUCCUAAGAUACUGUAAACACAUUCUGUAGGGAACCUGUAAGGAGCUGUAGUUUGACAAUUGGCAUAAUGUAAAUUAAGAAGGAGCACUUAAUUUAAAUUAUGCAAAUUGGGGAAGAAACACCGCAAGGAGGUUGUGGGUUAUGUUCAUUUGAUUUUGUCUUGGGAAAGAAAAGAAUGGCAUACUGUUUAACUUGUGUGUUCCUUCAGUCAUAAGUCAUAAAUAAUGAGGUCUGUCUGUCUCUGGUUGUUUACAACGAACCCAAAGAAAAUGUUUGUUUUUUUCAGUCCUAUAAUCCUAUUUAGCAUAUCCGCUAAGUAGUGCUAAGCCAAAACUGACAGAUUCCUGACUGUUACUGUAUCCCUUUCAUGCUAGUGUUACUGUAUACAGGAAAUGUCUUUUUUAUUACCGAAUGAAUGAAGACAGUAGAUGAGGAUUGUUGUUGAUUGUACAAGCAACAGUUUGGUCUCUGUCAUAUGAUGCAAUUUUAUCAUGUGGUUGUUAAUAAAAGCUAAGGGCACAUUUAGCAAUCUGAA